CGGCCGGAUUGAUUGGCUGCCAUGUUCUGAGACCUUCGGUUUUGUUGACAAAAUAUUAAAUGACAAUCAGCUGAUGAAAAGUUGUAAAAAUCUUGACGAAAAUUUUGGAAAACGCGGAAAAGCCAUGGAAGACCCUGGUGGUAAUUUGCACAUUGAUAUCAGAAUGAAGAGGUGAACCGACUGAUUCACUAUGGAUGGGCCUAAUGAACGGUUGAUGAAAUCCAUUUUCGAAAAAGAUCUUAAUGUAAUCACUUUGAACAAUGAUAUUCAUAUAAACAAAAUAUGCAGAAAUGGGAUGACACUAAUAGGAGCGGCAGCCCAAACUGGAAAUUUGCCACUUCUAAAGUUACUAAUUGAUUUCCACAACAGCAAAAGCAUCCCUUUAAACUCGAUUGAAAAUAGGAACAAGCCUCAGUAUUUACACUUGGACAUUAGCAGUCCAAAAAGAUGUACAAACAUCGGAUAUUUUGUCGUUACUAGAGAGGAAGAGAAUGAAUUUGGAGAUGGACCAACCCCUGAAGGAAUGGAAGAAUUGGAAUGGGACUUGGAAGUAAAUGACGGAACCAAUUUCAAUGCGGACCCUGAACCUGUGGAGGAUAGCACUGUAGACCUAUACAGAUGGUAUGCGAGCAUUUUAAAUCGAACCGCAGUGCUUCUGGAGUCUCCAGAGCGGGAUUUCAGCCGACUGGACCAGCAUGGGCAAAGUGUUUUACACUAUGCGAUAAACUCCGGAUCGGUGGAAAUGAUUGAAUAUUUAAUUGAGAACUUUGGGAGAGAGUUGAGCGUGAACCAGAAUGAUAAGAAUGGCUUUAGUUGUCUACAUAAAGCUGUAGCAAGGGGCGAUAGUAAUAUGGUGCGCUUUUUGAUGAGGAAAGGUGUUAAUAUCAACGUAUUGGCAGGGAGACAUAGGCAAUCACCACUGCAUAUUGCAGCCAAGAUGGGGCAUCACUGCAUGAUGAGAACGCUAAUAGAAGCAGGUUGCAACGUAAAUUCUUUGGAUUCUGAGGAUCGAACGGCGUUGAAUUAUGCCGUAAGGCAAAGUGAUGAAGAGGCAGUCCGAAUUUUAUGCGAGGCAGGAUCUUUAGUGAAUAACGAAGAGCCUGGAGAAGUGUUGCCGUUGGACUUGGCUGUGUAUAACGGAAAUGCCAGUAUAGUGAAGCUACUGUUGCGACAUGGAGCCAGAAUAAUUCCCUCUCACCAUCUACUGCACAAAGCGAUAACUCAAAACAACCUGGAUGUGGCAAUGGCUUUGAUUGAAGGAGGUGCCAUGAUCAAUAGUAGAGAUUCUAAUGGAUUCACCCCAAUUAUGACCGCUUGUUCUAGGAAAAACGUUUUGAUUUUAAAGUAUUUAUUAUUUGAAGGCGCAGAUGUUAACAUUCAGAGUCUUAUCGAUGGUAAGACGGCUUUACAUGUUUGCAGUCAAGACGUGCGUUCAGAGGGCAAUGUUAAUCGGCUGAUAGAUAUUUUGGUCAAUAGUGGUGCGAAUAUGAAUGCUUCUAGUUACCAAGGGACCGUAUUGCUACAUGCAAUUGUGUUAGGCAACAACUACGCUGCAAUAGCCCUGAUAAGGCACGGGGCUGAUGUUAAUAUAAGAGAUGAAAAAGUAUGCUGGGAUGUGUUGAGUGUUUCGCAACGCUACGGAACUUUGGAGCUGUGCAAAGCCGCUGUUUACGCUGGUUUUAAUCUCAGGGAUAUGACACACGACCCCAAGAAGUUAAGAAAGGGCCCCAAUGACGAGACCUACGAUUUUAUUGUUCACGUCAAAUCAAAUCCACUCCAUCUUAGGGAGGUAUGUAGGAUAGUUAUAAGGAAUAAAAUUGGAUCUGAGAAACUGUUAGCAAAAAUCCGAAAUUUACCUUUGCCCACCAUUCUACAUAAAUACGUAGCACUGGAAAUUUUGGAAUAGAUACUAGGCGAGCCUUUAAAAGUAUGUUUUGUGAUCUCUAAUAAUUUAGAUAUAAUUUCUGUUCCUAAACGAUUAGACGUUAAUUGCAGUAAAUUGCCAAAGCUGCUUUCAAUUUCCAUUACUUGUACACGAGAAUAUUAAAUUAGUUCAACUAUCAAGGCAGUUCCUGGGUAAACACUGCAAUCAAACUAUUUUAGAUUAGUAUCGUUAUUGGCAAUAAACUGCAAUUGGUUGUUUAAUGUUUAAGAUCUCGGAUAUGCUAGUCAGACGGUUUUGUUAGCGACGGAUAACGAAGAAUUUUUCUAUGUUUACAAAUGUAAUUUACACUUACAUCACUUGGAUGAUUAUGGCCCUAAAAGUCUGGAGGUUUAAAGCGUUAUAGAAUAUUUUAUUUCAUACUGGUGUUCAUAGCUACAUGUGAUUUCAAUAUUUUUAAAUAAAAACGAGCACUACAGUGAUUUAACAGUAAAAGCACCAGUAUGAAGUAAAAUGUGUGCGUUUAGAUUUUUUUUGGCCUGUCUUAUAAAACCCAUAUUUAUGAUUUUAUACGACCAAGAUCAAAUUACUAGAGAAUGCAGUUUUGUAGGUCACCCAUGCCCAUUCUCUAUUUAGACAAAAUGUGUCCCAUUUUUCCAAUUGCUACUCGACUCUAAUCACUUUUUUGUAUCACUUCAGUAUUACUUAUAUCAAUCUCUAGUCCAAAAGUACAAAUUUUAAGCAGGCAAAAAUUUGGAAAUAUGUAUGUACUCUGUCUACUUGCAUAUUUUUUAAAUGAUUUUCAAACACACAAAAAAUGAGAUGCAAAUGGAAAUUGUGUUGGAUUUUAGAAGCACCCUUAAAAUGUAUUCUUAGGUAUUCUAGGAAACAAAGCACAUUUGCAUUAAUAUUAGUGAAUGUACCACCGUUCAGUUUACGAGCAAGUUUCAAAUAAUUUCGUUUGUUUUCCUUGUACUUUAUGCGAUAGGAAAAUAAAUAAGCAAUUUUGAAGCA